AGAGUUUGGGUUGAUGGUUGUUUUGACAUGAUGCAUUAUGGACAUGCGAACGCACUUCGUCAGGCCAAGGAAAUGGGUGAUAUAUUAGUUGUGGGUGUUCAUUCUGAUAGUGAGAUUGAAAAAAACAAGGGUCCUACUGUGAUGAAAGAACAAGAGCGUUAUGCGGCUGUUGCUGCUUGUAAAUGGGUGGAUGAAGUGGUGCCUAAUGCACCUUACAAUACAACGGUCGAAAUCCUUAAGGAACACAAUAUUGAUUUCUGUGUCCAUGGGGACGAUAUCACGACAAUGGCUGAUGGUACUGAUUGUUAUCAAGCUGUAAAGGAUGCUGGUCUCUAUAAGGAAUGCAAACGUACACAAGGUGUUUCUACAACAGAAUUAGUAGGACGUAUGCUAUUAAUGACCUGUAAUCAUCACAAUCACCGCAAUCCUAAACAAGUAGGAUCAUUCAGUGCUCCAGCCAAGGUCUCUCAUUUCUUGCCUACAUCAAAACGUAUUGUACAGUUUUCGAAAGGAAUUGAACCCAAGGAAACUGACCGUGUGGUAUAUGUGGAUGGUACUUUUGAUCUUUUCCAUGUUGGACAUAUUGAAUUCUUGAAAAGAGCUAAAGAAUUAGGUGACUUUUUGAUUGUUGGUGUCCAUGAUGAUCAGACAGUGAAUAAUAUCAAGGGCGCUAAUUAUCCAUUAAUGAACUUGCAUGAGCGUGCACUUAGUGUUUUAGCUUGUCGGUACGUAGAUGAAGUCAUUAUCGGUGCUCCUUACAGUGUGACAGAAGAUGUCAUGAACAAAGAAUACAAUGUGAACAUUGUUGCCCAUGGCAACAUGCCUUCAGAACCUGAUUUGGAUGGUAGUGAUCCCUAUGAAUUGCCUAAAAAGCGUGGUUUAUACGUUGAAAUUGAGACACCCAAAAGUACAAUUACAACACAAGGCAUUAUUGAACGUAUCAUUGAAAAUAGAUUUGUAUAUGAAGAGAGACAAAGAAGAAAGAAUGCAAAAGCUAUCUUAGAAGCUGAAAAAGAAGCAAAUGAACAGGCUUUGAAGAAACAACAAAGUAUGGUUGUUGUCUAAAAACAAAUUGUGUAAAAUAUGUGUAUAGUCCUCUUUUCCAAAUAAAGAUCCCUUUUUACCUUGUAUUGAAAUAGACGGUCGCAAAAGCA